AUGACAGAUGAUGAUUUUGAAACUGAGUAAAACUUACUAGGAUCGAUUUUAUCAAGUAAAUUUCACUAGUAAAUAUUAGUAAACGAUGAAAAUGAGCACUAGGACCAGAAGAAGUUAAGUGUAAGUGAUGAAUGCAAUUAGGCUCAGACUUAAACAAAACUCUUAAGAUAAUACAAUUUUUAGACCGCAGAUACCUUUAGCAAAUCCUUUGAAUAAAUAAGUUUGGGUUCAGAUCAGAUUUGUAGCCCCAUUUCCCCUGAUUAGAAACUGAAAUAUAAAAAUCCAGGGGUUUGCACUUCAUUUAGCUCAGAUAAUCAAACAAGUUUAGAGAAUUCAAUGAUUUUUGGAAAUGUUUGUUGCUUCGAUUACUUUUCAAUAUAAUCAGAUUAAUUUUCACCAAUAUAUUACAGUUAAAAUAAUCCAAUUUGGCCUUAAUAUCAAAAAUCAAAUCAAAAUUUAGAUAUAUAAUUAGAAAUCGACAUUGAAAACAUGUGCGGAAACCAAGUGCUUUCGAGGAAAGUUUAAAAAAUAUUUGAGACCGGAUAAACCAAUUAAAGACAAUAAAUAUUCUGGAAGGUGCAAGCUAAUUGCCAAGAAUUUUCAAAAGACAUCUUUGGAAAUUACUUAAUCCAGAAAAUUCUUGAAAAAGGAACUUUAUAAUAAUAAAUUUAGAUCUUCAAAUAGCUACAACCAUAUGUAGUUGAAUUAUCUAAAAAUACUUUCGGUUGCCGAGUUAUCCAAAAACUUAUAGAUAUCAUCUCAAAAAAUGAUCAUCUUAUAGUUCCAUUCAUUCAAGAAAUUAAAUAAAAUAUCAAAUCCCUUUUAACUGAUUAAAAUGGCAAGUAUGUAAUACUAAAAUGUUUGGAAAACUUGUCUAUAGAUGUAGUUAGAUUCAUAUUAAAACCAACAGAGGAACUAGGCUUUCACAUGUGUGAUUCUUAAUAUGGGUGUAAAAUAAUCCAAAAAUUAAUUGAUAACUAUCCGAAAUAGGUGGAUACUCUGGUAUAAAUUUGUAUAACCAAUUAAAAUCUCCUAUAUAAAUCUUAGCAUGGUAAUCACAUCCUCUAAUAUGCCAUAAAAUUGCCAAAAUAUUUAGAUAUCAUAGCAAAUUACAUUUUAAAUCAUUUAGAAAAUUUGUGUUUUAAUAAAUAUGCGAGUAACACUGUUGAAGAUAUACUAAAAUAUUUAACCCCAAAACUUAAGAAUAAUUUUGUUUAAAUUUUAAUGAAACCUUCUGAAAAUAAUGGAAUGUUCAUAUUUCUAAACCUAGCUAUCAAUCCAUUUGGAAAUUAUGUAGUUAAAAAGGUAUUGUAAAUCUUUGAUCAAGAACAUAAGUAAUAACUGGUAGAUUUGAUGAAAUAGAAUUUACGGUUGCUUUAUUUAAUUAAGCAAUCUGAAUAUGGACAAAGAAUAUAUAUUUUGUUGACAACAUAGUUAAAUGAUUAAAAUUGA